CGGGCGGUGCUGAAUCUGCUCACAUCACACACAGCCAGACCUGCUCGAAGCAGCCGUCAGGCACCAUUUCUGUAAAAUCGUAAGCGCUGAUGAAAUAACGAAACGAUCAGCUGUACAACUUGCAAGUUUUGUACACAGGAACAGGCACACAGACACACAUUCACCCAAAACAAAGAACACGCACACACACUCACGCGCACCAAAAAAAAGAAGCAAAAUGGCUGGUAUUUUAGCCUGGUUUUGGAAUGAGAGAUUCUGGCUCCCACAUAAUGUAACCUGGGCAGAUCUCAAAAACACUGAAGAGGCAACCUUCCCACAAGCCGAAGAUCUUUAUUUGGCGUUCCCAUUGGCAGUCUGCAUUUUCAUGAUCCGCCUGGUUUUCGAAAGGUUCAUAGCAAGACCGUGUGCCUUAGGCCUUAAGAUCCAAGCAAAUGGACCACAAAAAGCUCAGCACAAUGCUAUUCUGGAGAAGGUCUUCACCGCGAUUACUAAGCACCCAGACGAGAAGCGGUUAGAAGGCCUCUCCAAGCAGCUGGACUGGGAUGUCCGUACUAUUCAGCGCUGGUUUCGACAACGAAGAAAUCAGGAGAAGCCCAGCACCCUGUCUAGAUUCAGCGAGAGCAUGUGGAGGUUCACGUUUUAUCUCUAUAUAUUCACAUAUGGGGUCCGGUUCCUUAAAAAGACUUCCUGGCUGUGGGACACCAGAGACUGUUGGUACAACUAUCCAUAUCAGCCUCUGACGGCCGACCUGCAUUAUUAUUACAUCGUGGAGCUCUCCUUCUACUGGUCCUUGAUGUUCUCCCAGUUCACUGACAUCAAACGGAAGGAUUUUUUAAUUAUGUUUAUGCAUCACAUUGCCACAGUCUCCCUGAUGACCUUCUCCUACGUGAACAACAUGGUCCGGGUGGGAACUCUGGUUAUGUGCCUUCAUGACGCAGCGGACAUUCUUCUGGAGGCAGCUAAAAUGGCAAACUAUGCUAAGUGUCAAAGACUCUGUGACGUUUUAUUUGUCAUGUUUGCCUUAGUCUUCAUUAUCACCAGACUUGGCAUUUAUCCAAUUUGGAUUUUAAACACAACCCUGUUUGAAAGCUGGGACGUUGUGGGACCCUACCCUUCCUGGUGGGUGUUCAACUUACUUCUCACCCUGCUGCAAGUUUUGCACUGUUUCUGGUCAUAUCUCAUCGUGAAGAUCGCAUGCAAAGCCGUUUCCAAAGGGAAGGUGAGGAAAUGGAACCCGUUACACGUGUCAAAGGAUGACCGCAGUGACAUUGAGUCCAGCUCUGAUGAAGAGGAUGCACAAUCCUUGGGGAAAAAGACACACGUCCCGGCCACGAACGGGACUAGUGGCUCAAACGGCACAAACGGAUACCUCACCCGGACAGCCUGUCCUGGCGAACAAUAACUGCUUUGAUUUUAAAACGUUCAAACACUGGAAAACGAUCAAACAACCUUUUUGCAAUUUGAUACUGGAAGUACAGAAAAGGACACGUGAAUGCAUAUUUCUUUAUGUUUAUCGGCACCACUCCAGUUCUACAGAAUAUCGGGGCGUCUUAUCUUAGUGCUCGGCUGAGUUUCCAUUCCAUGGCAAAAUGGAGAAUGACAUUUUUCCUUACGUAUAAGCAUGCUGUAUACUGUGUAUGUGAUCUCACACAAUGGGAGCAGUAUUUACACAAAAGUUAUCUUUUGUUUUUUUUUUUGGCUAUUAUUUAUUUUGAUACUUUUAAAAUUUUGUGGACAUGUUCUAGGAUAUAUUUUGUAUUUUAUUUUUCCUUUUUUUUUUUUUCUUUUCAACCAAUUACUCCUCAGUAAGGAAAAGUGCACCUCGUUUUAAUCACUUCGAUAAAUAACGUGCCAUGUUUUUUGUCAUUUUUCACAUGUGAAAGCCUAAUAGUCAUAUUUAGUGACUGUGUUAUUUUUCAUAUGGGUUUUUCGCCCCCCCCUCCAACCCCCUUUUGUGAUGCUUUUCAAAACAUAUGGUCUUAAUUAAAAGAAAAAAAAGGGAAUUCAGGAAUUCAGUUCAGCAGUAAAGUUAAUUGAGCCUAAACGGAA